AUGGAUAAACGUUUGGAUUCGGUGAAUCAGGUGGUGGAAGAAAUCAUGAGAGUUCAUAGAUCUUUACCGUCAAGACCAGAGAUGGACGACGUCGAAGCCGCGACUUCUCUGAUACAGAACGUUGAAAAAGAUGAUCAGAAUCGCUUGGAAGCCAUUGCCAAGCAGAAAAGGAGCUCCGAUGUUCCUCAGGAGCUUUUCGACGUGCUGCAGGAGAUGAAGAGAGGCCUUGUUCAUCUUCAGAGCAAAGAACACAGGAGAGAAGCCACCAAGGUUCUCGAUCUGGAGUCUGUACACGUCGUGUUCGACGAUUUGAUUCAGAGAGCUUCUAAUUGCAUUGCUCCCUCGCCUUCCUCCAACGUCUCCGCCGCUCUGUCUCGGCCUGCGCCGCCGGUUGUUUCUCCUGAUUCUCCGGCGAGGAGUUUGAAUUAUUCCGAUCAGGCUCCUGUAAAAUCCAAGGAAAUGUUCACGCGGGACGAUACGUUCGUGACGAAAUCCAAGUCUUCGCUUUACAGCGACGGGUUAUUAGCUCCUCGCAAGCCUCAGGUUUUGGAUUCAACACUUCAGGCUAAGAAAGUCGUCACCGACAAUGAUGAUGGGGAGAAGUUGAGUUUCAUAAAACUUGCUAGUUUGAUUGAAGUAUCGGCCAAGAAAGCUACUCAGGAGCUAAACCUGCAGCACAAGCUUAUGGACCAGCUCGAGUGGCUUCCAGAUUCUAUAGGCAAGUUAUCGAGGCUGGUUAGGCUAGAUUUGUCUGAGAAUUGCAUCAUGGUAUUACCUGAAACCAUAGGAGGGCUUUUGUCCCUGACGAGGCUCGAUCUCCACUCGAAUAGAAUUGGUCAGCUCCCUGAUUCUAUCGGAGACUUGCUAAACUUGGUCAACUUGAAUCUCAGUGGAAACCAGUUAUCAUCUCUUCCAUCAUCAGCGUUAAGUAGAUUGAUCAAUCUCGAGGAGCUUGAUCUUAGCUCUAACAGCCUCACGUUACUCCCUGAAUCUAUCGGUUCUCUCGUGACCCUCAAGAAGCUAGAUGUCGAAACAAACAACAUCGAAGAGAUCCCGCAUAGUAUCUCUGGUUGUUCUUCGUUGAAAGAGCUGCGUGCAGAUUACAACAGGCUUAAGGCUCUCCCUGAAGCUGUUGGGAAGAUAACCACAUUAGAGAUUCUGACCGUGCGUUACAACAACAUUCGGCAGUUACCUACGACGAUGUCCUCCAUGGCUAACCUUAAAGAGCUAGAUGUGAGUUUCAACGAGCUCGAGUCAGUACCAGAGAGCUUAUGUCAUGCCAAAACGCUUGUUAAGCUCAACAUUGGGAACAAUUUCGCCAACCUGAGAUCGCUCCCUGGGUUAAUAGGCAACCUUGAGAAGCUGGAAGAGCUUGAUAUGAGCAAUAACCAGAUCCGUUUCCUUCCUUACUCUUUCAAAGCGCUUUCGCAGCUGCGUGUUCUUCGCACACAGCAAAACCCACUCGAGGAGCUUCCAAGGGAUAUAAUCGCUAAAGGCGCUCAGGCCGUGGUUCAAUACAUGAAUGAUCUCGUGGAGGCAAGAAACACCAAAUCUCAGAGAGCUAAGCCGAAGAAGAGCUGGGUCAACAGUAUCUGCUUCUUCUGCAACUCCACUAACUAG